UUGAAAAGAAAAAAAAAACAAGUUGAGUGACUGGCAGAAGACUAUUGUAUAUAAAAACAAGAAAUCUAAGUCGCAAGAAAAUAGAGAAAUCAAGAAGGAGAUGAAGAGACAGUGGUCAGAGCUUAAGGCUGAAAAGCAGAUUGCCUACGAGAAAAGGGUUGAAAAGCGUGCCCUGAAAAAUAAAUAUAUGAUUGAGAAAUUUUAUGAAGUGAAAGACAGGCCUAGGAGGUUCCCAAUUUCUGCCAAGGCCGCCUGCAAAAUAGCUACUAACGAGGAUCUUAUAUCUAUGGGGAUUCGUAAAGCCAAUGUUAAACCUAAAGCUCCUGCCGAACCUGCAGGUAAGACUCUUAUCAGAAAAAGUAUUGAACUUGUUAGACAUAAACCUUUAAUAUUGACUUCCAAAGUGGAAGUGGUCGCAAAUAAGUUUGAAGCUCCUAAGAGGAUGAAAGAGAAGUGGGAUGAGGAAGCAGCUUGGUUCAGCAGACACAAAUCAGACCAAACGACUGAAUCACAAGAUGCUCUUUCUCUUCAAAGCAUUGAGCAAGUAACUAUCGUUAAUGCGGAAGAACUUAAAGGAAUUGAAUGGAUUACUCCAGUAAUGAAAGAAGUUAUGGGCAUUGAACCAGUUGAUGAUCAAGAUUCCAAAUUGGUUAGGGACAUGAAUUGUUCUACUAUGAUUGACUCCUCUCCGCAAGAACAGCAAUAUGUCAAUAAAGCUAUCACAGCACCCAUUGAUGAACUAGGAGACUCGUUAGACUCAUGUGCUGAUAUACUGUCUCUCCCUUUGGAAGAGAGGAAAAGCUUGGCUAUGGAAGCAUUGAGAGCUGUCAAUCUAAAUGAUAAAUGUAUCUUACAGGGAAUAUGUGAUACAUUUAACAUAACCAUAGCAGUGAGACAUAGCCCAGAUGCUCAUAUACAUAGAUGCAGUAUGUGCAAACAGUGGUUCCAACAUAGUCACACUUAUUACCAAGAACAUGCCGAUAAUAUAAAUUUAAAACAAGCUUUAAAUAACGGAUUAAAAUUAGUCAAAAUACAUAAAGUGCUGCAGUUUAAACAAUCAGCGUGGCUGAAACCCUACAUCGACUUAAAUACUCGAUUGAGGACGGCAGCUAGAAGUGACUUAAAACUUAAACUGAUGAAUAAUGCUGGAUUUGUAUUCGGUUAUAUGCACAUAAAGUGGAGCAUAGAGCAGAAAAUUAUGGAUAUGGAGAACAAUAGAUCUGUUACUCCAGAAUUACAGGUAGAUUGUGUAGAUAAAAUAGGUUUCAAAGUCCCUACGUUACAAUCACUAGCAGCAAAUUACAUUUAUUGGACUAUUAGAGAUGCUCGCGGAAUAACUGGGAAAUAUAAAAUGAUUCGACAACUAAUAGAUUCAGAGAUUUGGUAUAGCAAAGUUGGUAUAACCUGUUAUUUCAUACUACCAGCACUAUUAAAAGAUGAAUUGUCAAUCAGUUGUAUGAGAGAAUUGGUAUAA